AUGCGUGGUGGUGGAAUUACUAGGCUUAAGGAGCAUAUCACACAAAUCAGGGGGAAUGUUUCUUCAUGUUUGAAAGCAUUAGCUGAAGUUAUAAAUGAAAUUAGACUAGCUGACAAUAUAAAGAAGCUAAAGAAAUCUCACAGGGAUGAUGUUGAUGCUAUGUAUCGGCGUACAAAAUCUGAUGAGAAGUCUGAUGCUGAUACUGAUAAUGAGGACCUUGAUGUGCAAGAAGUUGAAAAGGUUUCAAAUGUGGGCAGUGCUAGUGGUAGUCAAGAAGUUGUUCAGAGUCAGAGGAAGAGAAAAUUCAAGAGACAGAGUAAUUAUAGGGGUCCAAUAGAUCUACUCAUGCAGACAGACCACCAUAAAACUCAGCAAGCCACUCUUGAAAGAAACAGUUCAGCGAAAGAGAAGUUACUGAAAGAUGCAUGGAAAAGCAUUUCAGCUUGGAUGACUGAGAAUUCCAUAUCUUUUAAUAUUGUUCGUUGUCCAAGUUUCCAAGAAAUGAUAUAUGCAAUUGGUGAAUAUGGGAAAGCUAUGCCCGCGCCAUCUUACCAUCAGAUUCGUACAAAUCUUUUCAAGGAGCAGUUAGAAGAAAUGAAGAAGUUUGUUGAUACAUUUAGGGUACAUUGGAAGAGGUAUGGAUGUUCUAUUAUGUACGAUGGUUGGACAGAUGGGAAAAAGCGACAUCUUAUCAACUUCUUGGUGAAUUGUCUGAAAGGGUCAGUUUUCUUGAAGUCUGUGGACGCGUCAGAUAGAACCAAUGAUGCUGAUUUCAUACGUGAGCUUGUAAAGGAGGUAAUUAAUGAUGUUGGGAAAGAAAAUGUGGUUCAGUUCAUUACCGAUAAUGGUUCAAACUUUAAAAAGGCUGGGAAGGAUUUAAUGCUUGAAUACCCAAAUCUAUUUUGGACUCCUUGUGGUGCUCAUUGUGUCCAGUUGAUGCUAGAAGAACUUGGUGACAAGCUUACACGAAUCAGGACAGCCGUCAUUCUAGGUAAAAGACUUGUUACAUACAUUUAUGCUUAUUUUCAAGUGUUGUGCUUGAUGAGGAAGAUGACAGGUGGAGACUUACAUAGGUCUACAAAGACUAGAUUUGCAACUCAGUAUUACACACUAGAAAGUCUUCAAAAGUAUAAAAAUCCUUUACAAAUGAUGUUUGUGAAUGAUAGGUGGGAAAAAAGUAGAUUUUCAAAAGAAAAUGUUGGAAUUAAUGCACUUAAAAUUGUUACAAGUAGUACAUUUUGGGAAGAUGUUGAUUACUCUUGUAGUGUGUUGAAGCCUUUAGUUAAUGUUGUAAGGCUAGUGGAUAUCGAGCGCAAACCUACGAUGCCUUGUUUUUAUGAUGCAAUGAGAAUAGCAAGGGAUCAAUUAGAGAAGAAUUUCAGCGAAGAUUAUGAUACGUGGGCUUACAUAGAAAUCAAAAGGGGACUUCAUACAGCUAUGGAAAGGCUUAUACCCAAUGAAGAUGAGCUUGAUCAAGCAACAAGUGAAUUGAGAAAGUAUGCUGAUGCUGUUGGAAUCUUGGGAAGUCCAUCUUGCAAAAGAAGAAGAACCAAGGAUCAACCUCAUGAUUGGUGGAUUACAUUUGGAGGAAUCGAUGUGCCUAAUCUGCAAAAAUUUGCAAUCAGAGUAUUGAGUCUUACUUGUUCUGCUUCCCCAUGUGAGCGAAACUGGAGCACAUUUCAAAAUUUGCACUCGAAAAAACGAAAUCGCAUAAAACAACAGAAGUUGAAUGAUAGUGUCUUUAUCCAAUAUAAUAAGAAAUUGCAGCGUCGUUACAUAGAAAUCCAACAAUAUAACGAUGAUGAUAAAGCAAAUGAUCCUAUUUUCCUGGAGGAGCGUGAUGACAAUGAUGAAUGGUUGGAUUUACGAAAUUUGAAUGAGUUGGAUGUGCUAGGUGAUAAUGUAAGUUUCAAUGAUUUGCAAGAGACAGUGGGUGAAGAACGUGAGACAGUUGGUAGUGGAGGUGCUUGUAGUUCUCGAAGCAAGUCUACUUUUCCAACCGACUCGGAGUAUGAUGGAUAUGAUACCGAUGAAUUGAUGUUGGACACUGAAAAAGGGCUACUCGUUGCUGAGAAUGAUGGAGUUACUCAAGAUGAUGAUAUCUAUGAUUAUUCAAAUUAUGUUGAUUAG